AUCUCAGCUCAGUCAAACCCUGGUGCGCUGCCGCUGUUGCGCUACUCUCACUUUUGGACACCGACAGAUCAGGUGAAAAGAUGAACAGCUUUGACAGAUCCGCAGCAGGCAUUGCUCAGGUUUUCAGGGGGACGUUUGUGCACUCGACCCAACAAACAGCUCUGGAGAUUCUGGAAGAUGCGCUCCUUGGAGUGGAUACGGAGGGCAAGAUUGCUUUCAUUGGCAAAGGCGAGGAGCUGGAUAAACUCCUGAAGUCAACCAACUUCAAUCCAUCUGAAGUCAUUCAACUAUCACAACAUGAGUUCUUCAUGCCAGGAAUGGUGGACACACACAUCCAUGCAUCCCAGUACAGCUAUGCGGGUACAGCUCUCGACAUGCCACUGCUGCAGUGGCUCAACACAUACACAUUUCCUGUUGAGUCCCAGUUUAAAGAUUUGGACUUUGCCAACAGAGUCUACAGCAAAGUAGUGAAAAGGACGCUGAGAAAUGGAACAACUACUGCCUGUUACUUUGCCACCAUACACACAGAUGCCUCUCUCCUGCUUGGCAAGAUUGCAAAUGACUUUGGGCAACGUGCUUUGGUGGGAAAGGUGUGUAUGGACAGGAACAAUUUUGUGAAGCAUUACAAAGAGACUAUGCAGGAGUCUCAAGACGAAACCUGUCGGUUCAUUGCUGAAUUAUUGAAGAAGAAGUAUCCUCUUGUGAAGCCAGUGGUGACUCCCCGCUUCGCUCCAUCUUGCACAGGAGCUUUGCUUGGACAAUUGGGAGCGAUCGCUAAGAAUAACAAUCUGCACAUUCAGAGUCAUGUCAGUGAAAACACAGAAGAAGUUAAACUUGUCAAGGAGCUGUUUCCUGACUCCGAGUCUUAUACAGAUGUCUACUACAAACAUAACCUGCUCACUGACAAGACCGUUAUGGCCCAUGGCUGCCAUCUCAGCGAUGAAGAGUUGGCCUUAUUCAGAGAGACAGGAGCAUCUUUGUCUCACUGUCCCAACUCCAAUAUCUCGUUGUGCAGUGGUGUGUUGAACGUCCGUAACGUCCUGAAACAGAAAGUGAAGUUGGGGCUGGGAACAGAUGUGGCGGGGGGUUAUUCUGCCUCUAUGCUGGACGCUGUGAGGAAAGCCCUGGAUUCAUCCAAAAUCUUGACCAUCCAGGACCCAGAACACGACACACUUACCUUUGAGGAGGCGUUCAUGCUGGCAACACUGGGAGGCAGCCAAGCCUUGUCCCUGGAUGACCAAAUUGGAAACUUUGAAGUUGGCAAAGACUUUGACGCUCUCAGAGUGAAUGUAGCUGCGCCUGGUGGACCCAUUGAUCUGAUCCAGAGCGAGGGACCAAAGAUUCUUUUGGAAAAGUUCCUGAAUUUGGGUGACGACCGCAACAUAAUGGAGGUGUUUGUAGCUGGACGGAAAGUCAUACCAUUUACAGAGCCAACAGCAUAGUAAAUAGUUUGGUCCUCUAUCCACAGCUUCACACGUCUUUCUGAAAAAAAUGCACCAGGAAAGUAAUUUUGGGAAGAAUGUUGUAACUUAGAGGGACAAUUUGGGUCCCACAAUAAUGAUCAUACAGUACUGUGUUGGCUAUGCUUGAAUAAAAUAUGUUUGUUAGGUCUUAUAAACAGAAAAUGAGGAAAUAAUUGCUCUAAAUGUUGCACUUUUUCUGUUCCUUGUUGCUUUUUUUUAAUAUACAUAUGAACAUUUAAAGUCACAUGUGCUGAUUAAAAAGUUACUUUUUAUUAGCUCCUUAUUCAUGUAUGUACUUUUGUAGAUUUUGUAUUUACUUGAUUAUGUUUAUAACUUACAUAACAAUAGCCUCAGUACAUGUUUUUACCACAAAACGACUUUCUCUGCAUGUUGAUGUAAAAUUAUGUUGCCUCAAAGAAUGUAUAUGGUGCAGUUUUCCAUAGAAUAAUAUGAUUUUUUAUCACUGGACUUAAAGCUGCUCGUGCUCAUUAGAGCCAUAGUGCCUGACUUGAUUAUCUCAGUGGAUUGAUUAUAUUGUCAUGCUGGUGUAACUGGAAAACCAAAUGAUCAAAACAAUAGAAUCUACUAUUAUAAUCACAUCUGAUUCAGUUUUUACACUGUACACUCCUUUCAGUGUUUAAAAUCGCAUCAUACGAUUAUAGUAUAGCAUUUGUAAUGUUCUCAUGCUUGUUUCAGUCUGGCUUAUUCAGGUUUUAUUGCAGUUUGCAGAAUGGGAAACUGGGUUCUCAUGUACAAAUGCAAAUAGUUACUGUUCCAGUUUAAGUACUUGAUUUGCUUCAUAAUCCACAUCCUUGUAUGUCUCAGAGGAAAGUGAACUUGGUGCCUUAUUAACUGAAUCACUGAUUGUGUCAUAUGUUUGUCAUGCUGGCCAGGAGCAGGAGCUGAACUGUGAAAUGAAAUAGUUUUGCAAAGAUAUUUGAUUUAGACUUCUCAAGUAAUUUAUGGUUUGGUGUGUAUAGAAUCAUCAUAAAGUUUUUUUAUGGACUGACUGAAUGGGACUAAACCUAGAAUUUAUGCUUAUCUUGAUGAAAUACAGUGUAUGUAAAAUGACUAAAUUAAAUUUUUAUCUCUGCCAAUUAUGUAAUGCUUUCAUUAACAUGCAAGUCUUGUUGAAGAAAUGAAUAAAGGACCCUCCAGGCCUCA